AGAGCGUUAAAACAUGGACCUCGCAGAAGAGCUGGGGCAGUUGGACCUGCUGACCACCGAUGGACCAUUCACCAUGAAGGAGAUAACACAGAUCAUCUCUGACCUAAAGAAGGACAACUUCAACCUCAGACUCCGCAUCUUCUUCUACGAGGAGCGGCUGCAGCAGAGGUGUGAUGACUCUGCUGAGGAAAUGUACAAAACAAACAUUGACCUGAAGGUAGAGGUUGAAACACUGAAAGAGGAAUUUGAAGGAGCUGCAGAGGAUUACCCAGAGCAGAUGGAGCAGCUCCGAGAGUACUGCAACACCAAGAUCCAGCAGCUAGAGAAGACUGACCAUUCCCAGUCGGACACCCCCACCCAACCUGAACACUCCCAGUCCAAUGCACCCACACAGACUGACCCCCUAUCCAAGGAACAGGAACCAGACCAGAACCCAGAGAAGUUCCAGGACCUACUCAAUCUGCUGGAGUAG